AUGGUCUCUCCGUCUGUCUCUACCAUUCUGGAUGGAAUUGCCACCUCACGAGCGGCAUUCGACAAGAACGAAGCCGGCUCAAGAGAAGCUCUGAUUGACCAAAGCCGCGCUCUGAUUGCAGCAUUGGAAAUUCCGAGCGAGUUUGUCCAGCGCACCUUCUGGGCAGAGCCAGCUCAAAGCGCCAUUAUCCGUAUCGCUGUUGAUGUGAAGAUUUUUCAAUGUCUCAAAGAAGCGGGAGAUGAGGGACUCACCCCGACAGCCUUUUCCCAGAAGACUCAGGUGGAUAAUGCUCUCCUGCAACGCCUAACGAGACAUCUAGUAGCGAUGAACCUCGUAUCAUUCUACAAUGGAGCGUUCCAUGCCACAGAGCUGAGCAACGGUCUCGCGGCGGAGAACUAUGAGCACAGCAUCAGUUUCUGCUAUGAUGUGACCCGCCCUAUAUUUAACGGAUUCCCGGAAUAUUUCAAGAAAUCUAAAUAUGGUUCCCCAACUCUGGGUGGAACUGACGGCCCAUUUCAGGAGACGCACAGAACAAGCCUCCCUUUCUUCGAAUGGCUUGUCGCAACACCACCGCACCUCCAGCAUUUCGACUCUUUUAUGAGCGCAUACCGCGCGGGUAAGCCAGACUGGCAUUAUUUCUACCCCGUGGUUGAACGAUUAAGCACGGGCUUCGACGCUUCUAUUAGCGAUGUCCUCCUCGUCGACGUUGGUGGCGGAAAGGGUCAUGAUGUGGCUACCUUUGCCGCAAAGUAUGGCCCUUGUUCGGGUAGAAUUGUGCUCCAGGAUCGAGAGCCUGUCAUUGCAGGUGUGGUGGCUAAUGACACGGAGCGAGCUUUUGAGGUGCAAGCUCAUGACUUUUUUACGCCACAGCCUAUAAAAGGUGCACGUGCAUAUUCUCUUCAUUCUAUCCUCCACGAUUGGAGCGAUGAAGAUGGGAUCAAGAUUCUAGAGAAUCUUGUGCCCGCUUUAAAGAAAGGUUAUUCACGGGUCCUGUUCAACGAAAUUGUGAUCAACGAAGAAAAACCGACACUCGCAGCGACUAACAUGGAUAUGAUGAUGCUGGCUCAUUUUGCCGUGAGAGAAAGAACGGAGGCUGAUUGGAGACAUAUUCUGGCGCAAGCUGGAUUGAAGGUGGUCAACAUCUACACCUAUCCGGGUGUUGCGGAGAGUUUGAUUGAGGCAGAACUGGCCUGA